AAUAACAGGCCGGCGGAAGUGACGCAGGCGAGUUUUUUUUCGGUUCGGUGGCCGGUAGAUGUUUCUAGAUCGGAGUCUUACGGUGGGGGAAGAACCGGGGCUGCAGCUGAUCGAGUUGGUGGGGUAAACAGGCACACGGAGCCGAGAGGUUUCUUUCCAGUGGGAUUGGAAGAUUUGAGCAGAAGGAAAGUACACAUGAAAAUUGAUUGAAAACCUGGUCAGAGGAUUUUCCAUCUUGAAGAAAUAAAUCGUUAAAGAUGGUGGAUUACUACCAGGUAUUGGGAGUACACAAAAAUGCCUCUCCAGAUGAAAUUAAAAAAUCAUACCGUAAGCUGGCACUGAAAUGGCACCCUGAUAAGAAUCCUGACAACAAGGAAGAGGCAGAGUCUAAAUUUAAACAACUUUCAGAAGCAUAUGAAGUUCUUUCUGAUUCCUCAAAACGUAACAUCUAUGACCGAUACGGUAAAGAAGGUUUGACUAAUGCUGGUGGAGGUGGACAGUAUGGCGAAGGCUUCGACUUUGGCUUCACAUUCCGCAAUCCUGAAGAUGUUUUUAGGGAAUUCUUUGGAGGCAGGGAUCCCUUUGCAGAUUUCUUCAUGGAUGAUCCCUUUGAUGAUUUCUUUGGAAAUCGACGAGGUAGACGAGGGGUUGAAAGAAGCAGGGGUGGCGGAGGGUCAUUCUUUUCUCCUUUUGGUGGAUUUCCUGCAUUUGAUCCUGGUUUUACUUCAUUCAGUUCAUUUGGUAACCUUGGAACGGCAUCAUUCUCCUCUUCUUCAUUUGGAGGUGGUGGAAUGGGUAACUUUCGAUCGGUAUCGACAUCUACCAAGUUUGUUAACGGCAGGAAAAUCACCACUAAGAGGAUUGUAGAAAACGGCCAAGAAAGAGUGGAAGUAGAGGAAGAUGGUCAAUUAAAAUCUUUAACAAUAAAUGGAGUUGAAGAUGAACAUGCCUUAGCAACAGAGCUUAGACAGCGAGGACAACAGGCCUUACCAGGUCAUUCAUCUUACAACCGUUCUUCACGGCAGCAUUCCACGUCCUACCCGAAAUACGAUUACCAGUAUCGUGUUGAAGAGGAAGAGGAUGUCGGAUCGCCAGCAAUGGCCUACAGUGUCCCUGAGGAGGGAGCCAUUUCCAGUCCAGCAGGUCAAAAAGAAGGAGGGAAGCGGAGGAAGCAGCGGCAUAGGGAAGAACUGAAGAAGAAAAAGACAGCAAAAGUGAAGCAUUAAUUGUAAGGUGCAGUGGAUGAUCUUUGAACUCCAGCAGAAAACAAUUAUAUUUCAUGUUAAUUGAUAUAGCUUUACAGGAUGUGAAUUAAACAUGACACAGCAUGUCAGUGUUUCUAUUUUUGUGAUUUUUUUUAAUAGCUUUGUGAAGUAGCAGAAUGAUAAAUGUAUUGAUUCCGUGAUUUGGUACUUGCUUCUGGUGAUGCCAGAUCAUGGAAUCACCCCUGUGGUCUCCUAAAGUCUGAUAUGUCUUAGCCAGGGUUCAGGCAAAACUGUUAUGUGGCAAAUUAAUUUAGUAACAUUUCUAUAUUUAUUUGGUACAACAACAACAACUUGCAUUUGUAUAGCACCCAUAACAGAAAAACCUCCCUGAGGCAUUUCAUAGAGGCAUGAGGAAAAAUGGACACAGAACCAAAGAAGAGGACAUUUAGGUGGGCCUUAAGGAGGAAGUGGAGGGGUUCAGGGAGGGAAUUCCAGAGAAUAAGAUCUUGGCACCUGAAGGCACAAUUACCAUGUACAGGUCAAGGGAUGGGGAAAUUUGGAAGAGGCCAAAGUCAGAAGAUUAGAGAUUUUGAGGUUGGGGGAAUUCAUAAUUGGGGGAUGUUACAGGGAUAGGCAGGGACACAGACAUGGUGGGAUUUGAACGGAAGAAUUUUAAUAUUUGAGGACACUAGGAAUCAAUUGAGGUCAGUAAAGCCUGAGGGUGAUGGGCAAGCAGGUUUUGGUGUGGGAAAGCAGGAAUUUAGAUGAGCUUAACGUUUAUUGAAGUUGGGAAGUAGCCCGAGAGAUCAUUGGAGCAAUCAAGUCGUUUUUCCCAUUUUCCUUUCCAUUAGAUAGUCAUUGUAACAAACCCUUCUUCCAGUUAGAGUUUUGGAAUCAAAAACAGUUUCUAAAUUUGUGGUUGAGUAUUUAUUACUUGAAGGUGUGCGUCUUGGUGGGGUAGAGCAACAAAGGGAUAUCAGAGUACACAUAGACCAAUCACCAAAAGUCAUACUACAUUGCUAGCAAGCCCGUAAAAAAAAAAGACAAGCACCUGGCUUUAUUUCUAGAGAGAUAGAAUUGAGAAGUAGCAAAGUUAUGCUCAAUGUAUCGAACCCUGGUUAGACCAAAGUUAGAGUACUGCCAUUUUAUAAAAAGGAUAUGUGCACUGGAAAGGAUGCAAAGAAUAUUUACAAGGAUGAUACCAGAAGUAUGUGGGUAUACAUAUCAGGAAAGAGUGAAUAGGUUGUGACUGUUUUCUCUUGAAAAAAGAAGGCUGAGCGGUGACCUAACAGAGAUCUUCAAAAUUAUUAAAGUGUUUGAUAGAGGGGAUACAGACAGAAUGUUACCACUUAUGGGGAAGAACACAACUAGAGGCCAUUAAUGUAAGAUAGUCACCAAGAAAUCCAAUAGAGAAUUCAGAAUAAACUUCCUUACCCAAAGAGUGUGGAGAAUGCGUAACUCACUACCACAGGGAGUGGUUGAAGCAAAUAGUAUAGCUGCAUUUAAGGGGCGGGCUAGACAAGCAUAUGAGGAAGAAGGGAAUAGAGGGUUACCUUAUGCUGAUAGAUUCAGAUGUGGAAGGAUGGGAGGAGGCUUGAGAGGAGCACACACACUGGCAUGGAGGAAUUAGGCCUUAUAACCUAUGCAAACCUAUGUUAAUCCUUUGUAGUUCUGUCACUGGCUAGAGCGAUGGUAUUGUUGAGAGCAAUUUGUUCCGAUAUUAGAAGUAGAAACACAACAUUUAUGAUAUACUGGCACAAGUAUAAUUUUCCCUGUAGCACAUUGACACCACAAACACCAACAAAGACCCGACACAGAAGAUCCCUGACUUUGAUCUUCCACAAAGCUCAUUGACAACCUUAGACCACAUCUGCACAACUUUGGGAGACGUGGGUACUUGAUGCAUGAAUGGAAAGUUAAGAGCUCUCCAGUGUGUGGCUACAGUCACCCAGGGAAUUUUAUUCUCCCCACUAUACAUCCCAGUCUGCCACAUAAUUAAUCAUCUGUUGAUGUACCAGCAUGUGGAUAAUACAAAACUUUGGGCUCUCUCUCCACAAAUGCUGCCAGACGUGCUGAGUUUUUUGGGUUCUCCGGCCUGCUCUGCCCAUGACUUUAUUAUAACAUCAGAAAUCCUUUUUAUGUUAUGGGCCUGCUUCGAGUUUAAAAACGGAGUCAAUUCCUUUUGUUACUAGUUCACCCCAUUUCUAACUGCUGGCUUUGGUCACAGCAGCGCAACUGCACGGUUAGAAAGUUUGCACAGUGAAAUUGCUCAGAAAUUGUAUUCGACAUUCUGAUUUUCUCAUUCUGAUGGCGGAUUUUCCCUGAUCCAAGUGCGAGUAACUAAUAGUGUAAACAACAAUUCUGCAGCGAGAAUGUGAUACCUCUUCUAUUUCUUGCUGGGUCAUUGCAGCACAUGCCAGUGACCUACUCCCAGGUACCUACCAGUACACUUUGUAACCCACCACUGGGAAAUGUGCAAUCCUUAUCAAACUAUUUACAGCUUUUGAAAGUAGACAACAGCGUUUGUCCCAUUGACAUGCGUGAAAAGUGACUCACCUCGAUCAUCCACUGGGUUACCUUGUCAAGAACUGUCAAUGGUGAAUGGGUUGUAAUUAUUCUCUAAAUAAAGACUAAUUUAGACCUUCAA